AGAUGUUAUGCAUGACAUUUUAGAAGGUGUAUGCAGAUACGAUUUGGCGUUAUUUCUAAAUUAUUUUAUUGAUAAGAAAUACUUAGCUUUAAUAGAUGUUAAUACUAGAAUAAGAUCAUUUCGGUACAGUCACAAAGAUAAUAUUAAUAAACCUGUGGAAAUCACAGAACAAAACUUAAAAAAUAAAGCAAUCAUAAUUAGUUCUGCCGAAAUGUUGUUAUUAGUAAGGCAUUUCUGUUUAAUUAUCGGCUCUUUUAUUCCACAAGAAGACGAAUGUUGGCAGCUUGUUAUUCUUUUAAAGCAAAUAAUCGACAUUACAACUAGUUCAAGAGUUCAUUGUGAAACGUAUCAUUUAUUAGACACUAUUAUUAAUGAAUAUUUAACUUUAUUAAAUAGCAAAUUUCCAGGCAAGAUAAAACCGAAACAUCACUUUUUAAUUCAUUAUGCUCGAAUAAUGAAGCUUGUCGGUGUAUUAUGGAAAACUAAUUGUAUCCGAUAUGAAGGUAAACAUAGAGAAGGGAAAAAAACAUCCCAAGCUACAAAUAGUCGAGUUAAUAUUUCAAGAACAAUAGCUAUAAAACACCAACUGCUUUUAAACUACAGGUUGCAAUAUAAUAUUUCAUCCUGCCAUUUGUUAACUCUUGGACCAGUUGCCCAAAAAAAUGUACGCGAAAUACCUUUUGUCAAUAAUUGUAUUAUACCUUUUCAAGUAGAAUUUAACAUAUUAGUUGCUAAGUGGAUAUGUUACAACAAUAAUAUUAUUAACAAAAGAGCUGUUAUCGUUACAUUCAACGAAGAAGGAAUAGAUUUUUAUUUUGUGCACACUAUUAUUAUUAAUAAAGAACAAAAUGACUUUGUUAUUUUAACUAAAAGAAUGUUACAGUGCUAUCUAGAUGAACAUGUACAAUCCUACAAAAUUUAUGAUAAUACUUGUUUUGAGUGGGUUUAUUUAACUAAGAACAAUUUAUUUGAUUUUGUUGUAACACAUUGCGUUAGGCUUAGUGAAAGCGAAAAUUAUAUUGUUAAAAAAUGGUUUUAA